GGCAGCCUAUCAGAGCUGUAGAGCGUGCGGUGGCCGGCUCCGCAGUCAGAGGCUGAGGGAGGCUGUUCCUUCGGUCGUAGACUCGGAGUGACUGGGAUAUCGCGGCACGAGACAGAUUGGGGAGGGAAGGGGAAGGGCGGGGCCCUGGUGGGAGUCACCCGCCAGCUCUGUCCUUCCCGGAGAGAGAGAGAGAGAGACUCGUCGUCUGCGCAGUGCCUAUUGAGUGUUUUGAAGAUCCAGAAUUCACGAGACACCAAACUGCAAGCUUGGGCACCUAGAGAUGUCUGGAUCAUAUGAUGAUUCUGUUGGAGUAGAGGUUUCUAGUGAUAGCUUCUGGGAGGUUGGUAACUAUAAGCGGACAGUGAAACGCAUUGAUGAUGGUUAUAGGCUUUGCAAUGAUCUUAUGAGUUGCAUUCAUGAGCGUGCAAGGAUAGAGAAAGCCUAUGCUCAGCAGCUAACGGAAUGGGCGAAGAAGUGGAGGCAACUUGUAGAAAAAGGGCCACAGUAUGGGACUGUUGAAAAGGCUUGGCAUGCAUUUAUGUCUGAAGCUGAGAGAGUGAGUGAAUUACAUCUAGAUGUAAAAGGUUCCCUAAUGAAUGAGGACUUUGAAAAGGUAAAGAACUGGCAGAAGGAAGCCUUUCACAAGCAAAUGAUGGGUGGAUUUAAAGAAACUAAAGAAGCUGAAGAUGGAUUUAGGAAAGCUCAGAAACCAUGGGCCAAAAGGCUAAAAGAGGUGGAAGCUUCUAAGAAAGCAUAUCAUGCAGCCUGCAAGGAAGAAAAACUUGCAGUAUCACGAGAGGCCAACAGUAAAGCUGACCCAGCCCUAAAUCCAGAGCAGCUAAAGAAACUGCAGGACAAAGUGGAUAAAAGUAAACAGGAUGUACUUAAGACAAAAGAAAAGUAUGAAAAAUCACUCAAAGAGCUGGACAAUGCUACGCCUCAGUAUAUGGAAAAUAUGGAGCAGGUUUUCGAACAGUGUCAGCAGUUUGAGGAAAAACGCCUGCAAUUCUUCCGAGAAGUGUUGCUGGAAGUUCAGAAGCAUCUUGAUUUGUCUACUGUUUCAAACUACAAAAAUAUUUAUCGUGACUUGGAGCAAAACAUCAAAGUAGCAGAUGCUGUUGAAGAUCUAAGGUGGUUUCGAGCUAAUCAUGGCCCAGGCAUGUCGAUGAACUGGCCUCAGUUUGAGGAGUGGUCAGCUGACCUGAACCGCACUCUUAGCAGAAGAGAAAAGAAAAAGGCUGCAGAUGGAGUUACUCUAACGGGUAUUAACCAGACAGGAGAUCAGGGUUUGCAGCAUAAAAAAAACAGCAGCAACCUUAGUGUCCCGAGUAACACAGUGCAGUCAGUACAGUCAAGUUACAAUCCCUUUGAAGAUGAAGAGGAUACUGGAAGUACUGUCAGUGAAAAGGAGGACAAUAAAAUCAAGAAUGUUAGCAACUAUGAGAAAAACCAAAGUGAUGCCACAGAGUGGUCUGAUGAAGAGACCAGCAAUCCCUUUUCUUCCAAUGAUGCCCAUGGAGAAAUCAAUCCAUUUGAUGAGGAUGCCUCCCCUACAGUGGAGGUGAGAGUACGAGCAUUGUAUGAUUAUGAGGGUCAAGAGCAUGAUGAACUCAGCUUUAAGUCUGGGGAAGAACUAACUAAAAUAGAAGAUGAAGAUGAACAAGGCUGGUGCAAAGGCCGUCUGGACAAUGGACAAGUUGGUUUAUACCCAGCAAAUUAUGUUGAAACAAUCCAGUGACAAAUGAUUCUAGAAGUGCUGUAGUAACUGUCAGCCUGUACAGUACUUGUGGCUACAGUGAAGGGAACUGAAAUGUGUAUAUGUUUUUUUAAUGCAACUGAAUAAUGAUACCUUGUCCCUUAGAAAUCAUCUAAUGAUACAAAUGAUGGAAUUGGGGGAAAGUUUUGUAGCUUAUACACAGAACAAAACAAGCAGGACAGAGUCAAAAAAGUAGUACAAAAAGAAAUGACCUUUUUAUCACCUAUUGCCAAUGUAUUAUUUUGUUGUGAGUUUUGUAUACUUUUUCAGAAUUUAAAUUAAUGCCUUGAUCUCAGUAUUCUGGAAGGCAAUUUAUGAUGACUCUGGUUAAAUCAGUUGUUUUAAAUAGCCUUCAGUAAUUUGCAACGUGGUUGUUGUUUUUUUAAAAAAAUGCAGUUACUUUUGUAUCUCUUAUUACAAUAUUUGAAAGAUGCAAUUUUUUAAAAAAUUUAAAAGCUAUGCAGUCUGCCAUCUUUUUCAUGUCAGGCUUAAUCAGUACGACUAUUUAAAUUAUGGCUCAGAUGUAUUCACAUUGUACUGUUAAUCUUUCCAUGCUGUCAGCAUGGCUUUCUGAUGUAAGAUACCAUAAGUGUCUGUUAAAGAAGAUUGUAGCAGAAUUGCCUACAAAUAGUAGUUUGAGUUUCACUCGUGGAUGCUAUUGAUUCAUUUGGUCACCUAAAAUAUUAAUUUCUUGAAUGACUCUGGGAUUUUUAAAAAUAGACUAUUUAAAUGUAUUUCCUCAUUCUUGCUGAGAAAUUUACAUUUCGCAAGUUGUUAAUGAUUUUGUGUGAUUUGGAAAGUUAAACAUAUAUGAAGAUUAUUUUUUCAAGCAAGCGAGACUGUAAAAUAGAUGUGCUUUUUUAUUAAGAUGCUCUUUAAGUUGCAUAUAUGUAUAUAUAAUUUGAUAUUCAAAAAUUUAAAGAGCAUAUACUAAUUAUCAAGCCUUUUGUCUAUUCAUUAGAUUUUUGAGUGUAGUCGAGUACUAAUAAAUCAAUGUGAGUUUGCCAUUUACUUCACUGAGAGAUCAAUUGCACUCUUAGAGUAAGCUAAACAAUUUAAAUUAUAUCAUAGUUAAAUUGACUUUGUCAUUGUAUACUUACUUAGAUGUAAGGUAGACCAGCAGCUCAAUCCAGUCCAUCAUUGGUACAGUACCUGGGGAGGUUUCCCAUAGGGAAUAACAAAGGUGAAUUCCCCCCCUCCCCCUGUCUGCAUAUCAAGCUGUUAAAGGGAAUGGAAGACCUGUGCAUGACUCCCAUAUCCCCAUGUAGGUCUCCCUGUCAUUUGUUCAGUCAAGGCAAUUGAAUUUGAACUUCAUUUUCCUUGACCUGAGAACUUGGACCUUGCUUUCCUUGGCUGAGCAGGGCCGGGUAGAGGAUCAGACAGGGGUCUAGAAUCAUGCAGGGGCCUCUCAUUCCCUUUAGUAGUGCAGGGAAUGCACUAUGCAAAGUGCCCAUGCAUACUUGGGGGGAGGGAGAGAAAGAUUUGGUUUAUGACCUCCAGGGAUCCUUCUGCAAACACUGUCCCUGUGUAUACUUGACUGAACCCUAAGUAUUCUGUGAUUCAGGUUCUCAAAUAAGGUGAACAAUUAUGCUAAAGAUCUUUAUUGGCUGAUAAAUUGUGGAUUCCAGCAUAAACUAGCAUUAGACCCAUUGUGGAUGAUUGUAGCAGAACACUGUAAAAUCUUCUACCUGUUUGCAAUUUCAAAUCAGCUACAGAAUGUCAAAUUACAUACAUCUGUGGAAAAUUUAAAUAGCUGGAUUGUGAAAAUGUUAGGACAAAUUACUUGAUAGAAAAUCUAAAUCUUUUCAGGUUAGUAGAUAUACCAUUUUAGACAACUACACUGUAAUUGAAAUAACAUUUUGAAAAUUAAAAUGUUGUAAAAGUU